AUGAUCCCAUUUUCAGUCGCGGCUGCGUUAUGGUUGUUUUCGAAAAUUCUCUCUGUCUCUGGAGCAGACAAAUGCCCCUCUUACGUGUUAUCGGAGCUCAACAAAACCGUGGAUGGCUUCGACGCAUCACUCAUGUUGAAUGGUUCACCCUGUCAUGCUGAUGACAUUGCAGCAUUGAAAUUAAUCGUUACUUAUGAAACAGACGAGCGUCUUCAUGUCAGGAUUGUGGACGCUGCCGCAAAGCGAUACGAGGUCCCAGCUCUUUUAUUCCCACGCCCCACCCAUUCGGCGUCUACAACUUCAAAAAGUCCGAAGUCUGCCCUGCUGUUUUCUUACGAAACCUCGCCGUUUUCCUUUACCAUCUCCCGUCGAAGCACCCGGGAAGUCUUGUUUUCGACAAUCUCGAACCCUCUUGUUUACCAAAAUAAACACAUUCGGAUUGCAAGCCAAUUAUCCCCAAAUUCCAACAUUCACGGCUUGGGCGAAAGUACUGACACGUUUCGGAUCAACUUGGAUGGCAAUGGCACCAGGAGAACCAUGUGGGCACGGGAUGCAUAUGGAACACAAAAGGGGACCAACUUAUAUGGGACACAUCCUAUAUACUAUGAUCACAGAUCUAGUGGCACACACGGUGUUUUCCUCUUGAACUCGAAUGGAAUGGACAUCACUUUAACAAAGCAAUCGAUUCAAUAUGACAUCAUUGGUGGUGUGCUGGACUUCUACUUUCUGGCAGGUCCCUCGCCGGUGAAGGUUGCUGAGCAAUACUCGGCGCUUGCUGGUCUUCCCGCCAUGAUACCUUACUGGUCCCUGGGUUUCCAGCAAUGCAGAUAUGGAUACUCCAGCUAUGUCGAAGUGGCCGAAGUGAUAGCUAAUUAUUCCAAAGCUGGAAUUCCAUUGGAAACAAUGUGGACCGAUAUCGACUAUAUGUACAAACGCCGCACUUUUACCCUCGAUCCAGAUUAUUUCCCACUAGAUCGGAUGCAGGAGAUUGUCAAAUCGCUCCACAAAAAUAACCAACGUUACGUGAUGAUGAUUGAUCCAGCCAUAGCUUACCAACCUGGAGACAAAGGUGUAUUCGACCGAGGCACGCAAGCCGAUGUGUUCCUUAAAGAGAAAAACGGAAAAGUGUUCCAAGGGGUGGUUUGGGCGGGUGUCAGUGUGUAUCCCGAUUGGUUUCAUCCGAAUGCCGAAGCCUUCUGGAUUAAUGAGAUCCAGAGAUUUUUCGAUCCGACUAACGGUAUUGAUAUUGACGGCAUUUGGAUAGAUAUGAAUGAGCCCGCCAAUUUUGCUUUACCUUGUACGUAUCCUUGCACAAAUGCAACCUUGUUGCCCGGAGCUCAGGCUGUGUCAUCGGGAAAUCCGCCGGCGCGCAAGAACCCCCCUCCGUCGAAAAAUGCUCCUCUACCUCUCGGAAAGACACAUAGCCGUCGAGGACUAGAGGCCAACACUCAAUACGAAAUACACAAUGCCGCUGGAGAACUCGCCAAGGGCACUAUACGCACGGACUUGGUUCAUCACAACGGAUUAACCGAAUAUGAUCUCCACAACCUCUACGGUACUCACAUGUCUUGGAUCACUCGCAAAGCAAUGUUGCGUCGAAGAAGCAAGGUACGACCUCAAGUAAUUACCCGGUCCACAUUUGCAGGAGCAGGAGCAUAUGUCGCGCAUUGGACUGGCGAUAAUCUCUCGGAUUGGCCGCACUACCUAUCUUCCAUUACUGAAAUCAUGUCAUUUGCUGCGCUCUUUCAAGUCCCUCUGGUGGGUGCGGACGUGUGUGGCUUUGGCUCUAAUACCAAUGAAGAACUGUGUGCUAGAUGGGCUUCAUUGGGCGCCUUUUAUCCAUUUUAUCGAAAUCACAAUGAGCUCGGCAUGGUCAGCCAGGAAUUUUACCGCUGGGAUUCAGUAGCCCGCUCUGCCAGGAAUGCUAUCAAGAUCCGAUACAGUCUAUUGGAUUAUUUUUACACCCACGUGAGAAGACAGAGCGUAACGGGUGAACCUGCUCUGAAGCCCCUUUGGUUUGCCUACCCCCAAGACACUUCAACGUUUGCAAUUGACAAACAAUUUUUCUUUGGAGAUUCUAUUUUGAUCUCUCCGGUUAUUGAAGCAAACUCGAAAACAGUCAAGGCUUAUUUCCCGGAGUCUAAAUACGUGGAAUUUUCCAGUAGGGAAGUUCUAGGCAGCUUGGGAAGCGUGGACUUGAACAACAUCCAGAUUGACCAAAUACCCGUACACAUCAAGCCGGGCUCAAUUUUACCACUUCGACAAGUGGCUAGAAACCAAACGCUCGCGAUGACAACAACUGAUGUUAGGAAGAAAAGCUUUGAGAUUCUCGUAGUGCCAGACAGUUCAGGAUCUGCCAAAGGAUCACUCUAUUUGGACGAUGGAGAAUCACUUGAACCUGUGGCUCAGGAAACUGCUGAUUUACAAUUUUUCUACCGCCAACGCGUCCUGCACACCUCCGGUCGAUUAGGUACCAAUUUGAAGGAUAUCAGCACGGCCGUCAGUCAAUGGACGUUUUCGGAUGUUCCCAACGUUGCAAAAGUCAAGGGAAUGCGUGUCAUAGAUAGCCCUCAGCUCGAAUCCGGUGCCCGACUAUUACCUGUGCAUAUUGAUUUAAAGACAAGAUCGGUCUACGCGCAAGGAAAUUGGAAGCUCACUCCUGGAAUGAAGGUCGCGUUGAUUUAUUGA